GAUAGAGUUCACAUCACCGCUCCGUGUAAGACACACAACCAGUAAAAAGACAAGUUAAGCAAGGACUUUAACUCCAAACCUGCUAAACUUAUAUUGGUGGCAGCGGUUACAAAGCGAUUACAGAGCGAUUACAAAGCGAUUACAAAGGAUUUAUCAUCAACUAAUACUGGCCUACACAAAGUGCCUCAAAUUACGUGGUGACUCCUUACCAGUGAACCAGUGUGAACUCCAGCACAAUCGAAAAAUCCAGCACACCCUCUCUACAAUUACGGGAUUACUACACUCCCUAAGAGACGACUACAAGCCCCAUCGCUCGUACUUGCACCUACAAAAGAGGUCACCACCUACGUUGCAUCACCAAAACAACAAUCUUUGCCACCCCUCAGCAAACGUCCGUGACCAGUCUACCCAAAAAUCCCACCUCAUUUAACGGGAUUAACCCCCUGCCGAGCUCCCCCAACCCUGUAUCUUCACAGUCACAAGAGGAGGAAGAGGAAGCCAUAUUAGUAGUGAAGAGGUAGUAGCCGCGGCCAGGCAGCUCAAGUCCAGAGCGUCAGCAGUCUGCGUCAGCGUGCCGUCAAUCAAAGCAUCGUCAACACCCACCCCCGGCUAGUGGAACACGCCGCACAAUUUUGGUUUGUCACCUGCACUAUCACUCAAGUAAGACGAAACGUUGUUCCAUAAUUUAGUACAUGUACUGUCGAAACCCCCCACUUCAAAUAACAUUCUCACCCUCGUCUCCCACUCUCCACUAAUUUCCCCAAAUAUAAUCGCCAUUUCAUUUGUUCUUAAUCCCUUACACGGAUUACAUUUAAAUUCCUAUCCCUACUCUCUUGUAAUCCAUACCAUUCGCCUUCAGCGCUCCUCCCCUCCCCGUUCACCAGCCCUACCCCUCUUUCGCCGGCGGCAGCCACGCCUUGCUGAUCCCAGUGAUAUGUGUCGCCAUCCGCACAUCUGCUGAUCCCAGUCAUUUAUGCCCUUGUACCGCCCCACUCUUUCCUCAAGCGACCUCACGACUGCUUCACACCCAAGCUUGUGCCGGUGAGCAGAGAGAAUUGCGAUGCUACUCCCUUGCCUAUGUGUCUUGGGAGGUGUUCUCCUGGUCCUCCCCACAAAUGCCACGAAGCAGCCCUCCUAUGAACAACACCUACGUGUGGGGGCAAUCGUGGAGCCAGACGGCCCCGUGAUGGUGGUGGAGGACGUGGUCGAUGUCCGCAUUACCCUAUGCGAUUUUCGUGAGCUGGAGCGACUCCAUAUACCCCAGUUCCGGCGCCAGAUCCAGCAAGCGGAAGCGGUUCUCCAGCAGACCUCGGACACAGUUCAUAAACUAAACCAUCCACUCACGCUGACAUAUUUCUCUACUCUCAUGCUAUCUUUCCUAAAUAUCCAACAAUCCUUUGAUAGUCUGCUAGAAUGGACCCCUUUUUCAACUUACCUUACAACACCAGUAGCCCACGCCAGGUCCAAGCGUGGUCUCAUCGACAUUGGUGGGAGAUUGUUAAAAGGCCUCAUUUGUACAGCUACGGAAGCCGAUGUUGCUGAAGUUCACGAUCAGUUAGACAAAUGGGGUACUAUUUUGAAUAACCAGGCCAUUGUUCUCAGUUCCCAAAACAAAGCUAUUGAGACGGUUGUUAAGACUCAAAAUGUUAUCAUAGACCGCCUCAACAACUUCACAUCCCUCAUAACCCAGCUUCAGCAGGACCAACACCAGUACUUAUUGGCUCACCAUUUGGCUUUAAUGGCAGCAAACCUCAGAGCUGUCUACCUUGCAAUCACAAAUUUUAAAUUAGCACUGCAGGACACAUUUACACUACUCAGAGACGUGUUAGAUGGUGUUGUAACCCCUUCCCUUCUCACCCCUCAGGAACUUAUGCAUGUCAUUGAUUGGGCCAGAACAGAAAAAGGCUUAACUCCUGUUUUCAGUGAGACCCAGGUUCAAUAUUAUUAUCCCUACAUGGAGGCAACAUUGACUACAGAUGGUAUCUUGGUGCAUAUCCCCUUUAGGUCGCCAGAUAUGUUCACUAUCUAUCACAUUCAUCCAUUCCCUACAGUUGUCAAUUCUUCCAUCUACCAACUAUCUACAUCUCAUGCCACUCUCUUGGUUUCAUCAGAUUUCAUGCACAUUGCUUUUCCAGCUGACUUUCAUGAUUGCCAUAUCACCCGAUUCCAGAUGUACCUUUGUUUUGCUUAUCAAGCUGAGCCCCGCAAUGACACAGACGCCUGA